AUGCGUUUCGCACUGUUGUCACUCUUUGCCGCGGCUGUUACAGCAGCCUCGUGCGCUCCAGGUACAAACACUACCAAAGCAGCACCGCCUCGCCACUAUGGCUUCGUCCUCUACAACUCCUACGACCUGAUGGACGUUGCCGGCUCCAUAGAGCCCCUCUAUCUCCUCUCCUCCGUCUACGAGCUCAACCUCAGCAUCAUCGCCGAGACCAUGGACCCCGUCUGGAUGCGGCCCGCCCCCGGCGAAGUCUUUCCCAAAAACUCGCGCUUUGAGCUGUCCAUCAACCCCACGCACACCUUUGCCAACGCGCCCUCGGACAUUGACGUGCUCUUCGUGCCCGGCGGCGGCGGCGAGCGCCUCGGCAACAUCACGGCGGCCAUCAACUUUAUCCGCGCCACGUACCCCAAGGUCAGGUACCUCAUCACCGUGUGCACCGGCGCCGGCGUGGCGGCCCAGGCCGGCGUCCUGGACGGCAAGCGCGCAACGACCAACAAGUGGGCGUGGGGGUCGGUCGCCGACGAGUUUCCAAAGGUAAAGUGGACGUCGCCCGCGCGCUGGGUGGUGGAUGGCAACGUCUGGACGGCGUCGGGCGUGCUCUCUGGUGUGGACUUGAUUUUUGAAUUCAUCGAUACGUUUUACGAAAAGGAGGUGGCCGACAUGAUUCAGGGCGCGAUUGAGCAUAAGCGCACCUUUGAUCCGUGUGAUGAUCCUUUUGCGGCGCAGUACAAUGUCACACCAGUCGGGGACUGCAGGUUAACACGCUACUCAAAGUAA